AUGCAAGCAGCGUGCGAGAAGCGUUCAGAAGAGAUUCAGAGCAUUCGAGUCGCUAAGCUAGAGCAAACAGCGAGCAAGCAGUAUCGAGCAAGCAGUAUGCAAGCAGCGUGCGAGAAGCGUUCAGAAGAGAUUCAGAGCAUUCGAGUCGCUAAGCUAGAGCAAACAGCGAGCAAGCAAGCAAACAGCGAGCAAGCAGUAUGCAAGCAGCGUGCGAGAAGCGUUCAGAAGAGAUUCAGAGCAUUCGAGUCGCUAAGCUAG